AUGUCAACGGGAGCCCCCGUGUCCAGUGUGGAGACACUCCCCCCCGCACCUCACGGACACGGAUUCGGACACAGCCGUGGCCAUGGCCAUUCUCGCUCAAAGCGCUGGUCGCAACCUCCUGUAGGCAAUGCGCUGUCCUCAACGGAUUUUGCUGCGACUCAAUUGCCAUCAUCCACAACUUCUACCGGUUCCACUCAGCCCAAUAGCUUUGUCUCUGAUUCGAGUCUGCACAAUCACCAACAUUCGUACUCAUAUUCUCUUUCGCAUUCGCACUCGCACUCGCACGCUUCCAUACACGAUUCGUGGAAUACCUGCAGGAAUGAGACUUCUUCGCACCAUGGUCAUACGCACGAGGAGAGCGAGACAGCAGCCAGUAAGGCGCGGGCUAUGCCUGUCGCAGCGACCGGUUCCGCAUCCAGCAGCAAUCGUGAAGCCAUCUCAGGCGCUCUGAUGGCCCUACCAUGGGUUGCGAUAUCAUGGUACUAUCAGCGUUACGCGCGGUGGGACUCUACCGCGAAAGAUGAGCAUGAUUCCAAGGCAUCGGCCAGUGGGUGUUUGGACCAUCUGUAUACAAGGAUGUGCAGUCUAACGGCCAUUACCAUGAUAAUGCUGGGAGUCGGACAAAUCAUUCAAUGGACGCAACAGGGCGGAACCCACAGUGCGGCCAAGGUCCCCAAGCUCAGUACAGAUGUUGGAGUGGCAGCGCUAAAGCGUAUGUGCGCAAUCGCACUCCCUAUCUAUGCAUCGCUGAACGUGAGCGGAUACCUUGUCGCAUUUGGCUUGCUUUCUGCUGCGGCAGCCGGUGUGCCUACCUUCGUCCAGGACCGCACUGCUGGCAGCAACGCUCAAGGCAGGUUUAGUGAAAAACGAGGUACCGUUGCUUUAUUAGGCGUCGUCACAUUAUUGGGCUUUCUUGGAUUGAAUACUUCCUUGGCCUCAAGUCCGCUAUUCGGCUAUAUCUCAUUGCUAUUAUCCAUAUUUGUCAUACGGCCCCCCUUUGAAGGGACAAGUCAACCCAAAGCUGCCUACCCAGUUGGUCUCGGUAUUUCUGCUUCGGGGCAAGCAGGGACAUCAGUGCCGCAGGACUUGCCCAGCGGGGGCUUAAGCGCUUCACCAAAUGAUGGGGUGUUAACCCUGAUUGUUGGGCUGCUUUUUGAGCUCUUGAUCUUUGUUGUCUCUGGUGGCCCAUCCCUUUCAGCCACGGAUGCAUUGUACCUGCUGAUUACUGCGGGUACCUACGCAAUAUCCUUACUUUUCUUGUCACCCUCCAACCUACAGUCUCCUCACAAGUCAGGUCUCGCGAUAGGUACCGCUUGCGCAGCCUUUUUAUGUGCAUUGCCGCCACGAGACGAUAUGUACGUGGUAUAUGCAUCGCGCUGUAUUCUUGCUAUGAUAUCAUUCUUUGCCGCUCGAUACGAUGACCGGCAGCUGCGCUUGGCGCACCAUUCUCAUCAACAUCACCAUGCUCAUUCCGCGGCGGAUACCUCACGAGCUACCAAACUCCUUCUCCUCUACAGCGAACCCUAUCCGCUACUGUACAGUAUCCUCAAAGAAAGUGACUCGCGCCGGAUCUUCUACUUUAUGACCUUGAAUUUCGCCUUCAUGUUAGUUCAGCUAUCGUAUGGGUUUAUCACCGGCUCCUUGGGCCUGCUCAGCGACAGUAUCCACAUGUUUUUUGACUGCCUGGCGCUUGUUGUUGGCCUUUGUGCUGCUGUCAUGAGCAAAUGGCCGCCGAGCGCGAGAUUUCCUUACGGCUACGGAAAAGUUGAUACACUCUCCGGGUUCGCUAAUGGCAUCUUCCUCAUGAUUAUCAGUAUCGAGAUUAUUUACGAGGCGGUGGAGCGACUCUCAUCUGGAAGUCAAAUGCAUCGUCUUGGUGAAUUAUUGGCUGUCAGCGUUGCUGGUCUUAUGGUGAAUUUAGUCGGUAUCAUGGCAUUCGACCAUGGUCAUGCGCAUGGUCACGAUCAUGGAGGCCAUUCGCACUCACAUGGAAAUGAAAAUAUGCAUGGCAUCUUCCUCCACAUUCUCGCCGACACUCUCGGCUCUGUGGCAGUGGUGAUAUCCACUAUCCUUGUACACUUUUCCGGCUGGGCAGGAUAUGAUCCCAUUGCGUCUUGUUUGAUCGCAAUUUUGAUUUUUGCCUCGGCCGUCCCGCUGGUCAGCAGCACGGCCAAAACCUUGCUGCUUGCUCUCCCGGCUGAUGUCGAAUACAAUUGGGAUACACUGUACCCAAAUUUUGGCUCGACGACACUGGAGCGACUUCCGGGCAUGAUCACGAUCACAGUCAUGGUCAUAGCCACAGCCAUUCUCACAGUCACGAUCACGGUCAUCGUCAUGCCCAUGAUCAUGAUCAUGCACACAGUCACAAUCAUCAUCAUAGCCACGACUAUGGGCACGGCCAUACUCACGAACACGAUCACGAACACGAUCAUUCUCAUGAGAAACACACAAGUGUCCUCGGGGUCAUCCACGUGA